UUCUUGAUUCCUCGCGUGCUAAUAAAUUUCCUUUGUUCCACUCGUCACCUCUCGACGCCAGCCAAAUCCCCUCGACCAGACAUGAUCUGGAACCGAAAAUUACGCCAGCUAUCGCACACUUAGGUGAAAUAGACUGGCACAUCAUCUUUGAAGUAACCUUCGCCGACCGCUCGCCAAUCGCAAUCAAUCGCCGUUGAGAGUCCAAACCGUACGAUUCCCAGUCAACCGCUGACUAGUGUUCCUCCUCGACGAUCCUUCAUCGCGACAGCUCUUUUCGGAUUUGGGAAAAAUCACCAUCCUCUGCUCGCCGUAAUCUGUCUGGCCAAUUCAGGGCAGGGUCCUGUGACUGUACACAUUUAGUGGCGUGGGAACGUGGAGGAGAGCAGGUCUUCAAGGAACUCUUAAUCCCCCCCAGCUGGUAUCUCUGUGCCAAGCCUUCGUCCAUUGAUAGCCAGGCAGACAAGAAAAAGGCUAGGUGAAAGAGGGGAGACGGGAGAAGGGAACAAGGAAGAAACACAACAGAAUAUUCUGACCUUGCCGCUUCGUUUGUUUACUCUCUUGCCACCCCUGAAGACUACGUCGCGCAGUUCUGCACUGCCGAACUAUAAUCAGUGAAACACGUGCGAGGAUAGAGAGAGAGCUGAGAGGCUUUUGGUUGGAGCGUACGCGUUGAUAGACUUUUCCUUGGCUCUAUCUUUAUUUCUUGUUUGUUUUCCUUUCUCUCUUGACCAACCACUCAGUUGUCGGGCCAGCCAAGUUGAAGCUAGCCAGAACGCUGGUCACAAUCUCCAUUGCAUACUGCAUUGCUCUGGGAAGCUGACUGGCUGACUGACUGACUGACUGACUUUGCCGGCCUCUCUUGCAAACUGAACAUCCUGACUUUGAAUUGCGACUUGUUCUACAUAUAUACGCUUUACCAAAAAAGAAGCCCCUGCAAUGUCCGAAGAGGACCAUGCUGCCGGCGUGGCAGAGGAUUACAAAGAUGCGCUUGAAGGCUUAACAUCCAACGCGCGCGUUGAGAUUAGCAACCUAACUCUCAUUGCUCGCGAGAACACCGAGUCUGCCCAUGCUAUUGCCGAGGUUCUCGUUGACCAUAUCAAACAAAUCCAUCCUCCGCGCAAGCUGCCAGCCCUGUACCUGCUCGACUCCAUCGUCAAGAAUGUGGGGACUCCAUACACGCUUUUCUUUGGCCGGAAGCUCUAUCAGACCUUCAUGGAGGCCUAUGCAUCGGUCGAUAACGCCACGCGCCGCAAGAUGGAUGAGAUGCUCAAGACGUGGAAGGAGCCCGUGCCGGGUUCCCUGGACACGCGCCCCGUCUUCCCACCCGAGGUUGUGCGUCCGAUAGAAAAUGCCCUCAUCAAGGCGAGGACGUCGGCGCUUCAGGCACAGCAGGAGCAGAUGCGCAGCCAGCACCACCUGCUCGGAGGCCGUGGCAGGCCGCCACCGCCAAUGAUGGCCCAGGGCAUGCCAUACAGGGAGACUCCAACACCACCAGGCGCCAGGGGUCCAAACGGCUAUGGGCAGUCAUAUCCACCGCCGAACGGGAGGGGCCCAGAAAAUUCACAGUUUCCAACACCGCAGCCUCAUCACCCACAAGGGAUGCCGAUAUUAUCACACUCAGUGCCCCAACCACCACCAUCCGCACCCGCACAACUUCCCUUUUCACCACCAGCGCAGGCACCUACACCCGACGGGAUAAGCAUAGAAGCCUUGAGUAAUGAUGUUUUGCAGCUCAUAGCUGCCACGCGCGCGGAAAUCGCCCGCAACCCGUAUGAUACUUCCCAGAAGCCCAUGCUUGAUGCCCUGCUGGCGCUUCAGCUACUGCUUCAGGCGGGAAACCUGCCGAGGGACCAACUGGUGGUCGUUAAGAGCCGAAUUGAUGAACUGUCCGCAAGAGCACGCGGAGCCGCAGCCGCUCAACCAGCACCAACCUACACCCCGCCCAUAGUCGUGCCUCCCAUAGCGCCGCCGGCAUCCGCACCACCUCCCGCCACCGCCGGCACGCCCCUCUCGUUAGAUGCCUUGCUCGGCCAGGGCGCACUCGCCGCCUUGUUGGCUAGAACCCCGCAGCCGGCCGUAGUAGUGCCACCACUGCCGUUUGCACCCCCCGUUGCGACGCCGUCAGCGAGCCUUGCCGCGCUUCGCUCGCCGCCGCCACAGGCAACCCCUGCCGUCCCACCGCCGACAGAUGCAUCGGCUCUUUUGGCCGCCCUGCGCAGCAAGGGCAUAUUAUCAGCAGGACCUUUGCCGCCUGUCGUUGCACCGACGCCAGUGUCGCACGCUCCGGGACUACCGAGCGUGAUUGCGCCUCCGGUGGCGCCUGCUCACGUCGAGAUCAUGGGCGAUAUACAACUGACGACGAGUUCACUGAAGCAACCUCGCUUAUAUCUUGUCAACACCCUCUACGACGACCUCGGCAAGCCGUGCACGCAGUGCGGGCGGCGAUUCCGCAACGACGAGGCCGGCCGGGCAGCCAAGACGGCCCACAUGGACUGGCACUUCCGGGUGGCGGCGCGAAUCGCCGAAGCGGAGAAGAAGGGCCAGCACCGCAGCUACUACGUCGACGUGCGGGACUGGGUCGGAUCGCGCGAGGCGGUCGACAUGGACGGGCACGCGGCGCAGUCUCAACAGUCCCAACAGCAAAAUCAAAAUAAACAACAGCACCAGUACCAAGAUCAAGGAGGACCCGAGGCGACCGGCUCCAGGAGCAGCAGGGGUGGGAAUGGCACCGGCGGCAAGAGGUGGAUCCCCGUGCCAGACGCGGGCAGCAACGUCAACUCGGUCUGUCCCAUCUGUCAAGAGCGUUUCGAGCUCAAGUGGCUGGACGAGGCGCAGGAGUGGGUCUGGAUGGACGCGGUUCGGCCCGGCGGCGGAAAUAGAGUGUUCCACGCCAGCUGCCACAGCGAGGUCACGGGGCGGGGGGCGACGCUGACGCCGCCGGUGGGGAUGGUUUUGGGGAAGAGGAAAGCAGAUGAUGCUUAUGCUGGACGCAAAAUCAAAAAGUACGACGACCUGGCGUAUUGAACACCAAGGUCGCAGGGGAUUGUAUUACUUUGAAAGAUGCAGCGCGCAAAAAUAUGCAGUCAAGUCGGGCGAUUAUGAUGCAGUUUGGACCUGAUUCUGCCACGUAUGUGGCCAAUGAAAGGCCAGGACAGAUAGUUGCAAGGGAAGCGCCAAACUUGCCUGGGCCCCCCUCCCAAAAGGCAUACUCAGCAUGGAACUUGGGAGCGUUGAAAACAGGGUGACAAGUGGCUAGAAGGUAGACCACUAGGGCUAUUGCUUACUUGGGCUGCUUCCGUUUUGCUAGUACGCAGAACACGCUAUCCUCAAUGGCGAGCGUCUCUCCUAUUCUAUCAUGAUGUAUCCAUGAAGCAGACCAAGGAAUGCCGAAAAUAUAUAAUAGAUGGAACCGUCCAGACUAAAACUACGUGCCGAGUUCCUGGGAGCCGUGGGGAACUGUGUCCAUUGUUGAGCCGC